AAUCCUGCUACAAUACGCACGAGUUCAAAGUUGCAAACAUCCAUGAUGAAACAUCGUAGCUGUGUCGUUAUUGUCAAGAAACUCGUUUAAUUUGAAGAACAGACACACUUCGUCUGAACGGUAACAUGGGGCGAGAGUCGAGACACUACAGGAAGCGCUCCGGGUCUCGGGGGCGGUCGGGCUCUCGAUCCAAGAGUCGCUCUCCAGACAAACGCUCCAAGAAAGAUGAUCGGGACCGCAGCCGCAGGGAGAGAACACGUAGCCGUGACCGCAGGAGGUCGAGGUCCAGAGACCGCAAACGACCGAGGCGGACCAGAAGCAGAGAAAGGAGAAGGUCCAGAAGCAGAGACAGGAGGAGGUCCGGAAGCAGGAGCCGGGCCAGAAGGUCGCGUUCUGGAAGUCCGAGCAAGAGCAGAAGGACAGAGGAAAAGCCACGAAGCAAAGAAAAGGAGCCUGAACCAGUUUCAGAAAAGAAAAAAAACAAGGAGGAGAAAGAAGAUGAAAAGGUUGAGGAUCAAGACUUUGAUCAGAACAAGCUGGAGGAGGAGAUGCGGAAGAGAAAAGAGCGCGUGGAGAAGUGGAGGGAAGAGCAGCGGAAGAAAGCUAUCGAAAACAUCGGCGAUAUAAAGAAAGAAAUUGAGGAGAUGAAGCAGGGGAAGAAGUGGAGCCUGGAGGAUGAUGAUGACGAUGAUGAGGAUGGUCCCACUCCUAUGGACGCAGACGACGACGACGACGAUGAUGACGAUGAUGAAGAUGGAGGCGUGAAGGGAGAGAAGAAAGACUCUGAUGUCAAAGAUGAGGACAAAGGGGAUGAUGACAAGGAAGGAGAGACUCCUGUGGAGAAGAACGAUGAGGAUGAGGUGGAUCCUCUGGACGCCUACAUGGAGGAGGUGAAACAGGAGGUGAAGAAGUUCAACAUGGGAGGCGUGAAAGGUGGCGACAAGAAAGGUGCCACCAUCACCAAAGUAGUGACUGUGGUCAAAACUAAGAAAGGACCCCACACCCACAAGAAAAAGGGCGAGCUGAUGGAAAACGACCAGGACGCCAUGGAGUACUCGUCCGAGGAAGAAGAAGUGGAUCUGCAAACUGCUUUAACAGGCUUCCAGACCAAACAGAGGAAGGUUCUGGAGCCUGUAGACCACAAGAAGAUCCAGUAUGAGCCGUACAGGAAGAACUUCUACGUGGAGGUGCCGGAGCUCGCCAGGAUGACUCCAGAAGACGUGCACUCGUACCGCCUGGAGCUGGAAGGCAUCACUGUGAAAGGGAAGGCCUGUCCCAAACCCAUCAAGACCUGGGUGCAGUGCGGCGUGUCCAUGAAGAUUCUUAAUGCGCUGAAGAAGCACAGCUAUGAGAAGCCCACACCCAUCCAGGCCCAAGCCAUACCUGCCAUCAUGUCCGGUCGGGACCUCAUCGGUAUCGCGAAAACCGGCAGCGGCAAAACGAUCGCCUUCCUUCUGCCCAUGUUCCGACACAUCAUGGACCAGAGACCCCUGGAGGACGCUGAGGGACCCAUCUCUGUCAUCAUGACACCGACCCGUGAGCUGGCCCUGCAGAUCACCAAGGAGUGUAAGAAGUUCUCUAAACCUCUCGGACUUAAUGUGGUGUGCGUCUACGGCGGCACAGGCAUCAGUGAGCAGAUUGCUGAACUGAAGAGAGGGGCAGAGAUCAUUGUGUGCACACCUGGCAGGAUGAUUGACAUGCUGGGAGCCAACAGCGGUCGCGUCACCAACCUGAGGAGAGUCACGUACGUGGUGCUGGACGAGGCGGACAGGAUGUUCGACAUGGGCUUCGAGCCGCAGGUGAUGAGAAUCGUGGACAACGUGCGUCCGGACCGACAGACGGUGAUGUUCUCUGCGACCUUCCCUCGAGCCAUGGAAGCUCUCGCUAGGAGAAUCCUGACCAAGCCCAUUGAGGUCCAGGUGGGAGGGCGCAGCGUGGUCUGCUCCGACGUGGAGCAGCAUGUGCUGGUUAUUGAUGAGGACCAGAAGUUCCUGAAGCUGCUGGAGAUCCUGGGACAUUACCAGGAGAAGGGCUCGGUCAUCAUCUUUGUGGACAAGCAGGAGCACGCUGACGGUCUUCUGAAGGACCUGAUGAAGGCCUCGUACCCCUGCAUGUCUCUGCACGGAGGGAUCGACCAGUACGACAGAGACAGCAUCAUCACCGACUUCAAGAACGGAGCGUGUCGCCUGAUGGUGGCCACCUCAGUGGCAGCCCGCGGACUGGACGUGAAGCAGCUGAUCCUGGUGGUCAACUACAACUGUCCCAACCACUACGAGGACUACGUCCACAGAGCCGGGCGCACGGGGCGAGCCGGAAACAAGGGCUACGCCUACACCUUCAUCACAGACGACCAGGCGCGCUACGCCGGGGACAUCAUCAAGGCCUUGGAGCUGUCCGGCGCUACCGUGCCGACCGAGCUGGAGCAGCUGUGGGGGUCUUUCAAAGACAUGCAGAAGGCGGCUGGGAAGAGCAUCAAGAGCAGCAGCGGCUUCUCUGGGAAAGGCUUCAAGUUUGACGAGACCGAGCACGCGCUGGCCAACGAGAGGAAGAAGCUGCAGAAGGCUGCUCUCGGCCUGCAGGACUCCGACGACGAAGAUGGGACUCUGGACAUUGAAGAUCAAAUUGAGAGCAUGUUCAACUCGAAGAAGAGAGUGAAGGACAUGUCGGACCCGGGUGCGGCUGCGAGCUUCUCAGGCUCGGGCUCCAGCACGUCGUCGUCCUCCGGUGGCCUGGGAGGCCUCGGACCCACGUCGGCUGGAAACAUCCAGAAGCUGGAGUUGGCCAAACGCAUGGCGCUGAGGAUCAACGCUCAGAGGAACCUGGGCUCCGAGGCGCAGGACGUGAUGCAGCAGGCCACCAACGCUGUCCUGCGAGGCCGCACCAUCAUGACACCCUCCGUCUCAGCCAAGACCAUCGCAGAGCAGCUGGCCGAUAAGAUCAACGCCAAGCUCAACUACACACCAGUGGAGAAGCUGGAGGACGACCGGCAGACGACGGAACAGUCCGAGACGGUGAAGAGAUACGAGGAGGAGCUGGAGAUCAACGAGUUCCCACAGACGGCCCGGUGGAAGGUCACGUCCAAGGAAGCUCUGCAGAGGAUCGGGGAGUACUCAGAAGCCGCCAUCACCAUCCGAGGAACCUACUUCCCGCCGGGCAAGGAGCCCAAAGAAGGAGAGCGCAAGAUCUACCUGGCUAUUGAAAGCGCGAGCGAGUUGGCUGUGCAGAAAGCCAAGACGGAGAUCACACGACUCAUCAAGGAAGAGCUCAUCCGACUGCGGAAUUCCUAUCAGCCGACAAACAAAGGAAGGUACAAGGUGUUGUAGAGGACGACGCCUCGCUGGACUCACGCAACAUUUUACUCCCAUUUUUAUCCACCAAGUCCUGUGUGUUGCUCUCAGAUAUGUUGUCUUUUCCUCCAUCAAAUACGUUUUUAUAGCCUUCUGCAGGCAAACUGGUCACCGUCUUUUAUUUUUAUUUUAUUUCCGUGUCAGAACGAUGUACAAUUCCAACCCGUUUAUGAACUCAACAGAUGGUGUUUUUACAUUUCUCCACAAUAAAACACAUGUUGCU